AUGCCCACCGCCAUCGCCAUCCGCCAAAUCGACGGCAAGCCCGGCAGCGUCUACUACCCGCUCACGAAGCUGACGCUCCCCGCGCCGCCAUCCGCCGGCACCCACUCCCCCACCACCACGCUCCUCACGAUCCGCAUGGCCGCCGCGGCGCUCAACCACCGCGACCUCUUCAUCCGCCAGCACCUCUACCCGGGCACCGCCUUCGCCGUGCCCCUCCUCGCCGACGGCUGCGGCACCGUCACCGCCGUGCACGCGGCGGACCCCACCAACCCCGCCGCCACCCGCGCCGCCGACAGCUCACCCUGGCUCGGCAAGCGCGUCGUCAUCAACCCCGGCACCGGGUGGGAAAGCGACCCGGCCGGUCCAGAGAGCCGAACCGGCUACGCGAUCCUCGGCGGGACGAAGGCGAACGCGGUGGGGACGCUGUGCGAAGAGGUGGUGGUGGAGGCGGGGCAGGUGGAGGAGGCGCCGGCGCACCUGAGCGACGUGGAGGCGGCGGCGGUGCCGUUGACGGGGCUGACGGCGUGGAGGGCGGUGGUGACGAAGGCGGGGGUGCGGGAGGGGGAGGCGGCGAAUGUGUUGGUGACGGGGGUGGGGGGCGGGGUGGCGGUCAUGGCGGUGUUGUUUGCGGGGGCGUUGGGGGCGAGGGUGUUCGUGACGAGUGGGAGUGGGGAGAAGAUUGAGAGGGCGAAGGGGUUGGGGGCGGUGGGCGGCGUGAAUUAUAAGGAGGGGGGGUGGGAGAAGAGGUUGCAGGGGUUGAUUGGGGAGGGGGGGAAGUUGGAUGCGAUUAUUGAUGGGGCGGGGGGAGAUGUGGUGGAGAAGGGGGUGAGGUUGUUGAAGAACGGUGGCGUCAUCGUGUCGUAUGGCAUGACGCUCGGGCCCAAGAUGCCGUUCCUCAUGAGCGCGGUGCUCAAGAAUAUCGAGAUCAAGGGCUCGACCAUGGGGUCGCGUCUCGAGUUCAAGCAGAUGGUUGACUUUGUCAAGGAGAAGAAGCUCAAGCCCGUCAUCUCGCGGGUUGUGUCGGGCAUCGACAACAUCGAGGCCAUCGAUGGGCUGUUUGAGGACAUGAAGAAUGGCACUCAGUUUGGAAAGCUGGUCAUUGAGAUCGCGGCGAAGGAGGGCGAGAGCACUAGCACGGCAAGCGUCAAGGGAAUGCUGAUGGCCCAAUAUCUCCAAAAGUCCUUUACCUUCGAUUCAACCAUCGGCAUGGUCAGAAUAGUCUACACCGACCUCUGA